AUGGCAGCCGCGAAGCUAAUGUUGGACGCACCACACCCAAGUCUACCUCGCCCACCGACAGAUCAAAACACGUAUAUUCUGGGGAAUAUUGGGAAUCAUAACAUCGUUAUUGCCUGUCUACCAAGUGGCGCAUAUGGCAAUGUAUCAGCUACAACGGUAGCGAUACAGUUGCUCUCGAGUUUCCAAUCCAUCCGGUUCGGUCUCAUGGUUGGCAUCGGUGGAGGUAUACCAAGCAGCAAGGCAGACAUUCGACUAGGCGAUAUUGUGGUGAGCCAGCCAGCGGACACAUCUGGAGGCGUGAUCCAAUACGAUCUCGGCAAAGCGUUAAGCGGUGAUCAAUUUCAGCGAACAGGGAUGCUUAAUCGGCCACCUAAGGUCCUGUUGACCGCCCUUACUACACUCCAAGCCCACCACCUCACAGAAGAUAGUCGAGUUCCAGAGUUCAUUUCUGAGAUCCGAGGCAAAAGGACGCCGCGGAUAGCUGCAAACUUUGCGCGACCAACCAAAGAGGACCUCUUAUUCCAGACAGAAUAUGACCACGGAGCAUUUGAUACAUGUAUCGAUUGUGAUCGGUCCGAAUUGAAACCACGGCUUCCACGACACCAUAAAGAACCAGUGAUUCACUAUGGACUGAUUGCAUCUGCGAAUCAGGUAGUGAAAGAUGGCAGACUGCGAGAUCGGCUGGCUCGAGACCUAGGAGUCCUCUGUGUAGAAAUGGAAGCUGCGGGGCUCAUGAAUGACUAUCCAUAUAUAGUCAUUCGAGGCAUUUGUGACUAUGCGGACUCACACAAGAACAAGGAAUGGCAAGGAUAUGCGGCAGCGGUGGCAGCGGCCUAUGCAAAAGAGCUUGUCUUGCUAGUUCCAAUUGAUCAGAUUGAAACCACGCCGACAGCACGAGACAUGCAUAUCGACCUACGUCUGGUUUUAGAUCUGCACGAAUCAGCUACGAAGAAACGAAACAUGAAUAAUGACGAUUCAGAAGGAUCAACAAUUUGUUCGGAUAUCUCUGCGAGGAAAAAGCCUCGUCUGCAUUUCUCUAGGUCAUCAGACCCCGAGGAAAAUGACUCGACCGACGAUGACGGUAACAGCAUUUUCGAUGAGAGCAAUCAAGAGAAUGCAUAUAAUAUCCUGAAGCCUCCAGAUGCUUCUCAGGGUACUGAAAGCUAUACUAGUGUUUCAGAAAGACCAACGGCUAGGGAUACAACAAGUGAAAACGGCUCAUCUGAUUGGUAUGAAUCCUCCCCGUUGUAA